CCACUACCGGUUUGGACCUGGUCAGUCUCGGGCCAGCCCGGCCCAUUAGACAGGAAUACAUUUCGUACAGGCAUGUCAAUAAUCCUGACCCUGUUUUGUAAUCUUCCAUAUAACACAACUGCUUCUCGAUUUCCCCUUUUCUCUCAGUUGGUUUCUGAAAAGAUGCAGGCAAGUGACAGGUUCAAUAUCAACUCGCAGCUUGAGCACUUGCAAGCUAAAUAUGUUGGAACUGGACAUGCCGACUUGACUAGAUUUGAAUGGGCAGUAAACAUUCAACGUGAUAGCUACGCGUCAUAUGUCGGCCACUAUCCAAUGUUGGCUUAUUUUGCCAUAGCAGAAAAUGAAUCCAUCGGAAGGGAACGCUACAACUUUAUGCAGAAAAUGCUUUUACCUUGCGGUCUUCCACCUGAAAGGGAAGAUGAUUAGGAGUUGCAAAUGACCAUGGAUGUCUCAAGGGUUAAGUCUUCUGGCAGGCCAAAACCUGGCGGCAAAUAUCCUUUCAAAUACUACCUGUAUGACAGGAGAUACAUUUUAAAUGUGUUUGCCGAAUGAUCAACUAGAAGCAAAUGGUUAUUUUAAAUGUAUUAAACUUCAUCUGGUUGUUUAGUCAAUCUUGUUUCUUCAAAUGCUGAAAAGUUGUUCUGAACUCCGAACAGUUGCAAUAUAUUUCUGGUCAGUGUUUAUACUUUA